AAAGCAAUUAUAGACUUUUUCAAAAAAAAACAAACCUCCUAUCUCAUAAUCUGAUUUAUUAGUUUUGGUUCAUAAACUUGACGGAAAAGCAAAAGUUUAAACACUCAGUUUCCGUUGUUCUUAAGUGGGCCAAAUCGACCAUGAUCGUGCCCUAACCACAAAUCUGGAUAGAUGCAACUUCUCUUUAAUUAGGAUUCGAUGUAAGGCGACACUUGGCGAUUUUCACCUGGCGAAGAAUCUUCCCGACUUGUUCCAUAACUUGUUAUCCACUAAAAGAGAUGAAGCAAAAGUUGUUGUGGGAUAGAAAUACAGGUUUCGAAGAGUCAUCUUUAUACUGUGAGGUCAGAGGCCUGUGGAAAACGCUGCUCAUGCUCUCAAACUGCUCGCAAAAUUCCAGUGGGGAGUAGAGACCUCGGACCCUACUAAAUGACGCAACAGGGAUGCUUGCACCUUUUCAGUCAGUUUCUCUGCUGGUCUCAUGGCACUCUACCCGGAUAAGCCGCUGGACACCCACCCCCGCUGUAAUGGGGCGGUGCAGGACGACGGACCGCUACUGGGCGGACUCCAACACAUGACCCUCUGCGCAUCGGGCCGCCUGUCACCUGGUCAUGACCUCGGUUAUCACACUCUGAACACUACUGUCUCCGCAGACGAGACUCUGAGCCCAGAGAGGCUAGACCGGUCCUUGCUGCCACCCGCGGUGUUCGAAAAGCAAACGACUCCCAGUUGUUGGAAUUUUCGCGGCUGCCCAAGCCCCUUUCUGCAUCGGGAAGAAUUCAGCGUCAAGACGGGGCUGCCCAGCGAGACAACACCCCGUUCUGCGGACACGGAGAGACUCGUUGCCACUUUCAAGGGCAAGAAACUUCCAAAACGUCCAUCUCCUUUCGAGAAACUCUCUGACAACCUGAUACUCAAGAUCUUCUCCUACCUCUCCAGCAACGAACUUUGUGUGAGUGCCAGGGUUUGUCGGCGGUGGUACUUCUUGGUGUGGGAACCCCAACUCUGGACAUCGGUCAUCCUAAGUGGUGAUAAAAUCCAAGUGGACAGAGGUCUGAAAACCCUCUUUCGUCUUUUGUGUCGUGAUUCGCCCACAUUGUGUCUGACCGUGGAACGAAUACACCUAAAUGGUUGUUCGAAACUAACUGACAGGGGAUUGGCUACUAUAGCUCUCAAAUGUCCGGAACUGAAAGUUCUGGAACUAAAAGGAUGCUCAGCCCUUACGACGAGGGGCGUGACGGAUAUUUUGUCGAGGUGCCAUAGUUUGGAAAAGCUUGAUUUGACGGGUUGCAGUGCUGUAACGACGAUACAGUCUCGGUCUUCGCUGGAUCCUAGUGCACUGACCACUUGUUCUUUUCGUUUACGUUACUUGGACCUCACGGACUGCCACAGACUGGACGAUCCAGGAUUAGAACGAAUCGUUCGAAACUACUCCCAACUGACCCACCUGUACUUAAGAAGGUGUGAGCACAUCACGGAUGAAGGGUUAAAAACUGUUGCCAAUUACUGUGUACUUUUGAGAGAACUUAGUGUGAGUGACUGUGUUCUACUCACGGACUUCGGACUGUAUGAAUUAGCAAAACUGGGGCCAAACAUGCGUUACUUGAGCGUCGCCAAAUGUGAUCGAAUUUCCGAUGCCGGGGUGAAGCAAAUUGCUCGGCAUUGCUACAAACUCAGAUACCUCAACGUGAGGGGUUGCGAGGCAGUGUCAGAUGACGCACUGGAGGUGAUUGCAAGAAGUUGUUCAAAAUUGAGAGCUCUGGACAUCGGAAAAUGUGACGUCACGGACAGAGGUCUCAAAGUCAUUUCUCAUCAUUGUCCUAAUCUCAGGAAAUUAAGCUUAAAGUCUUGCGAAAUGAUUACUGACGAAGGUGUUAAAAUCAUUGCUUACUUUUGCAGGGGACUGCAGCAAUUAAACAUACAGGACUGCCCUAUAACGCUGGACGGCUAUAGGACGGUUAGAAAAUUCUGCAAGCGAUGUAUCAUCGAGCAUACGAAUCCCGGUUUCAAUUAAUCCUGUUUUUCCUUAAUCGAUUUUCAUCAGAAUCGAAGCCAUUUUCCAUAAGCAUCAGGAAACUUCACCGAGUUAAUUCUCUGAUCAGAAACGGAAGCUGUUAGAAUGAUACGACGCAUUUUUUUUUUCAUGUGUGUUGCAUUAUUCCAACACCACCAGUCUUUGAAACUCUUUUUACUCUGUUCAGAGAAUUGGUCUGUUCAUUCAUACUUUUUCUAAGAAAUUUGCCUUUAAAUUUUACACAAUUUACAAAUUAUUGUGGGAAAAUAAUUAGUUGUCGAAGAAAGUAUAGUGAUCAAGGUUCUGUCUAGGUCAUGCAGGAGAGUUUGAAAAAUUGUGCAAAAGCUUUCGUAAUCUAAUCUGAACACAUAACUUUUAAAUAUUAUUCUUUAAAUUGCAGUUUAUUUAAAAAUUUUAAAAAAAUCAAGCCUUGUUUUUUUUAAAAAAAAAGCAAACGCUAAAAUUUUCGCUUAUCAAAUUUGAUAGUAGUAGUACUUUAUUUACGUCACACAAGAGUUGCACAGUGAUGGUUUUAGAAACUUCUUCGAGGAUGAGCUGAAGAGUAAUUUGCAAUCUUGAUCUUCUGUAAUUCCUCGUUAUAAGAAAAUUAUAACCCAGAUUUGAGUAGUUUAAAUACUAAGAUUUUUUUAUCAUAAAUACUGCAGAUAUCAGACUUUUUGUGAAAGUUAACCAUUAACAUGCUAUCCUCCUCUCUUGACUGAGACUUGUACUAA